UCUUGGCUCAAUUUGCGGCCCAAUUAUACUCCAUCUUUCUUCCUCUUCUUCUGCUCUGUGUUUGUCUCGCAAGUGCUGUAACUCCUUAUCUGAAAAGGCAAAAAUGGAGAAGGAACAAUCCGAGAAAACAGAUUAUUCAUCAGCAGAAGCGGUGUUACUAGGAGCUCUUGCUCCUGGUGUUAACGUUCCAACAUGGACUAUUCUAAAAUCAGCGUUUUUGAUGCUGGGUUUGUGUCUGUUUGUCAUGUUGGGCUUAGCAUUCUCUUCAAGUGACUCUUCAUUGUUACUUCAUGUUGGGUUUCUUGUUCUAAUUGCUGCCUCCCUCUUCUUCCUUCUUAGCUGGUUUCUUGGGCAGACUGGUCUGGUUGAAGUUGAACAUCAAAUGCAGGAGAUGAACUUGGUGCCGAAUAAUAAUCAGAGAAACAAAAAGAACAAAUAGUUUUGUUUUUAAUGUUCCUUUAACAUUAGAAGUGAAGACAUCAUGAACAUAGGAGAUACUCGCAAGAAAUAACUCGUGACAAUUUAAAUGAAAGAUAGAUACACAUCUGUGAUGCAUUCAUCUUGAAAGGAACAAGAAGAAAAGAUUGCACUUCAUCCAUACGUUUGAUGAGAAUCAUAGUGGGCUGCAGCAAUUGCCGCCAUUAGCCUUCCUUUUCCUUUUCUUUUUCUUCCUUCUUGUGUUUGUGUUUGUCAUUUUUACCCUUGAUGAAGCAGAAACAUGAGCACCAAGGCAGUUUAAGAAGGCACUGCAUAUCUUUGCGUAGCUAGUGAUCUCCAAAUGUUUGGAAAACAAGCAUGUAUAUAGCACUCCAGCCUUAGUUUUCUUAUUCCUUGUGUUCCUUUAUUCAUUCAUGUUAUUGGAUGCCAUUCCUAUCUCUUACAGAUCAGAAGAUGCCUAACUUCUUUAUUUUCAUAUUCUUUGCCA